AUGUCGGAAGAUAAGUCCCAAGCUUGGCGGAUCCGGAAUAAGGUCCAAGGGGUUUGCACUGAUGAGGGCAUCGACCAAAACCUUUCGCUCGAGGAAGUACCUAAACCCAGCCCAAAGGAGGGCCAGAUUCUUGUCCGAAUUCAUGCUGCCUCUCUCAACUACCGAGACCUCCUGGUUUUGACUUCAGACCCCGUAUACCUUGGCGGUGGCCCCGAUGAUGGCAUAGUCCCACUCGGUGACGGCGCUGGUAUUGUUGUCGAAGUCAAUUCGCCAACAUCGAGAUGGAAAGUGGGCGACAAGGUCAUCAACGCUACCAAUUCGUCUUGGAAAGCUGACCAAACUCAAGCUGCUUUUGAUAUCAAAGUCGGUCUGGGUGGAAAGAACAUUGACGGGGUUUUGCAGCGUUAUGCUGUCUUUGAUGAUGAUGCACUGGCUCCUCUGCCCUCUCACCUGUCCUUUGAGGAAGCUGCAGCUCUUAGCGGUCCGUAUGUAUCCGCUUGGAACGCGCUUUUCGGAGGCCCUCAACCACUGAAAAGGGGAGAAACUGUGGUGAUUCAGGGUACUGGUGGUGUGAGUGUUGCCGGGAUACAGAUCGCCGUCGCUGCUGGGGCUGAUGUCAUCGCCUUCUCAACCUCAGAGGAGAAACUCGAUCUUCUUCGGAAACUUGGUGCCAAGCAUGCCAUUAAUUACAAGAACAAUCCCAACUGGAGUCGAGAGGUUCUCGACUUGACCGGUGGUCGUGGUGCUGACCAAGUCCUUGACGUUGUCGGUGCUUCGACCAUUGCAGAGUCGUUACGUGCACUACGACAGGAUGGCCUUGUAUCAGCUAUUGGCUUCAUGUCUGCCUCUGAGAAACACGAUCUAAUUCCGGAACUUAUUUUCGGUGCCAAGACGACCUGGGCAUGCUCCAGGAUCUCAGUGUCUUUGUUGAGACACGAGAUCAAACCAAUCAUUGCGGAAGUCUUUGAGUGGAAUGAUGCUAAGCUGGCUUAUAAAGUCAUGCUUGCUCAAGAAAUUUGUUGGGAAGAUUGUAGUCAAGGUCGAGUGAGAGUAUUCAUAUUCAUUAAUAUACGAUAG